AUUAUGCGGACUGCGGCAAGCUGCUGUCCAGGCGGAAGCGGUAUUUGACUUUUCCCGAAGGGGCCAGCAUAUCCUGUGCAGUAUGUAUGACUAGCCAGUUAUGGAUUCAACCGCCAGGUAUCUUUACCGAAAGUAUAGCUUGGGGCUUGGCAUACGAGCUACCUAAUGACACUCGAUCUUUGGAAGAGCUGAUUGGGUCGAAGUACAUGAUCAAGCGGAGGAAUAGAAGGGAUCUUUACAGCAAAAUGGAGACCAUUCUUGAUUCGGCCGGCUAUGAUGGACGCUCUUGUGUCUUAAGGUCGCUGUGCGAAGCAACUUAUAGGUUCUUGCCUAAGGAGGAUAACCUUUUGCACCAUAUUUUGAAGAUUGUUUUUGGGAAAAAGGAAUCAAUCUAAGGCGGUCCUGCAAAGAUCAGAAAACAGAAACACAGUCUAUGGACAAUUACUGUAAAAUCAUUUAUGAGGCCAAUGUCAAAACGACCGUGGGGCCAACUUAUUUGGCGACAUCGCAAAAAAGAGUGAUUGUUGUAGGGGAAGAACUUUUGUUAACAUUGCAGGUCUAUUUGGGUA